CUUGUUUCUACUUCUUUUUUUUUGUUUUAUACAUAACCAUUCCAUGUUCUUUUCCUAUCUAUCUCGACUUUUUAAACAAAUCUCCAAAUCAAGAUGGAUUCAAUUUUAUUUUGCAUUAGUGAUUGUCUCUACUAUUUUAACCGUAUCAAUUCUGAUCAAGACUCUGGCCAAUACCAACAGAAUCAAUCAGAAUCAAGAAGCAGAAGCCAUAGAUGAUAAUUAUGAGUUCAGUGUGUAUUUAACUGCUAAAGGUUAUAAAAUUGUGUAUGAAAAUAUUCUGUUUAUUGUAUUUGAAGUCUGGCGAAUUUGGUGUUUAACAGAUGGUAUUGUUCAUUUGAAUUCUUUAACAAUACUGGCUUCUGCUUGGCUUUCAAUUUUCUCUGUCCUGUUUAACCUUCUGGUAAGGUAUAAAGGAAAAGAAAUAAAUUAAACACUAUAAAGCUAGUGGUUGAAUCUCGAAAAUGGAUGUUGAGCAGCUACGACUCAUUGAAGCUAGAAAAUAUGCAUUUACAAAUUGCAAUGACAGUAGUCAUGUUUGCCUUGUUUGGUCCUGUUAUCCUAUCCGCUUACAAGACUUCAAAAAUUAUAGGUUGGCAGGUCUAUAAAAAGAUUGGAAGUAGUAUUGAACUGCAAAACAUGUACAAUAUAGUUCAAUGGUUUGCACUCUUGCUGAAAAUCGAUAUUUUUUUUGAAGUGUUUAUUAUGAUCUGUACUGC